GGCGGGCAAGCGUGGGGAGCCUCUUUGGAACGCGAGGGUUCUUCCGCCCGCGCUCCCUCGGGUGGCGAGCGACGGGACGGCUUCGCAAAGCAAAGCGUUCCGGGGGGGAACCUUUUGCUAGCGCUUUGGCUUGGGCAUUGGCCCGGGAAACGCCGGCAAUUUCUUCGGGCUGGAGAGACCGCCGGAGUGACGCUGUUGUUGCUGCGCCCGGAGCGGAGGGAUCAUGUCGGUGGCGGGGCUGAAGAAACAGUUCCACAAAGCCAGCCAGCUAUUCAGUGAAAAAAUCAGCGGAGCUGAAGGAACAAAGCUAGAUGAAGAUUUCCAAGAGAUGGAACGGAAAAUUGAUGUCACCAACAAAGCCGUGGCAGAACUCCUGUCAAAAGCCACAGAAUAUCUCCAGCCUAAUCCAGCCUACAGAGCUAGACUGGGAAUGCUGAAUACCGUGUCCAAGAUCCGAGGACAAGUUAAAGCCACAGGGUAUCCCCAGACAGAAGGGCUGCUUGGAGACUGCAUGCUCCGAUAUGGAAGAGAACUCGGGGAGGAGUCUGCAUUUGGCUUUGCCCUAAUCGACGUGGGGGAAAGCAUGAAGCAGAUGGCCGAAGUGAAAGACUCUCUGGACAUCAACGUCAAGCAAAACUUCAUUGAUCCUCUUCAGCUGUUGCAAGACAAGGAUUUAAAAGAGAUUGGACACCAUCUGAAGAAACUAGAAGGCCGGCGUCUGGAUUACGAUUACAAAAAGAAGCGUCUAGGCAAGAUACCAGAUGAAGAGGUUAAGCAAGCUGUGGAAAAGUUUGGAGAGUCCAAAGAACUGGCAGAACGGAGCAUGUUCAACUUUUUAGAAAAUGACAUAGAGCAAGUGAGCCAGUUGCUAGUCUUGGUAGAAGCUGCACUAGAUUACCAUAAGCAGUCUACGGAAAUUCUAGAGGACCUACAGAGCAAGCUACAAAACAGGAUAAAUGUAGCAUCAAGUCGUCCGAGACAUGAAUUCAAGCCAAAGCCAGUGAUAAGGACACCUCCUGAAAUCAGCAACGGUCAGCAGCACAAUGGGAUUUCUUUCAGUCCGUCAAUAAAAUCCUCAGGUUCUUCAUUACCAUUGGACCAACCUUGCUGCCAAGCUUUGUAUGACUUUGAGCCAGAAAAUGAAGGUGAACUUGGAUUUAAGGAAGGGGACGUCAUCACGUUGACCAAUCAGAUCGAUGAGAACUGGUUUGAAGGCAUGCUAAAUGGCGAAUCGGGCUUCUUCCCCAUCAGUUAUGUUGACAUUGUGGUGCCAUUGCCUCAGUGAGCAUGUUUUCAUCUCCAUGUCUGUUACGUGCACCGCAGAUGCAAUUUUGUGAGCGAAAAGGAGUCUUCGCCUAAAGUGGCUUUUCCAUAUGUGCGGCAUUCUAGGAAAGCCUUGCUUCUUUUGACCAGCUUACUGACUUUUUUGUAUGUGUCUUUAAAAAUGUAUUUAUUUUGUAUUCAUGUAGUUUUUACAUAUAUAUAUAUAUUGUAUAAAAAAAUCUUCCCAUUUUGUUAAAACACAAAUGCACAAUUGGGCCUGACUUAAUUCUUUGCUUUGUGCCUUGAAGAUCUGUACAGAAGGUGUUUACUGAUAGAUCGACUGUGACUCCCCCAAGUGCAUUUAUUUGCUCUCAUGAUGUUGAAAAGAUCUCUCAGCCUGCAGUGAAUUUACUCGUGGGCACAAUUUUUGAAGCUACUGUGAGUAAAGCUAGUUCUCAAUGUGCCAUUUUUGUUGUGUUCAGCUUAACUGUGAAAAGCUAAACGCUGUUGUACCAUGGUCCCUGAUGCAGAGCAGUCGCCCUUUCAAAGUCAGAGUUGCAGCUAAACUCUGAUUCUUCAUUGACCAAAUGUAAUAAACACUGUUGUGGGAAACAUG